UCACAUAUUUUUUAUCAGAUUUCUAGUAGAAAGUGGGAGGUUAAAGACUGAACUCAGCUUACUUUCUUACUUAUAAAGUUACAUAGUAGUCCGUUUGUUACGUUAAAAAAGUUGCCCAGUCUUAUUCGUUUCGUCUAGAAUCCCUUGGCGAUAUUUAAAAGACAUCUCAGUCGAUGAUCAUACUCACAAUGCAAGCAGAAUGAAUCGACUGUAAACAGCUGUCUUGACUAAAGGGCGACAAUCUUCAUGGCACCACUCGCAGGAACUGUUUCAUCGACAAUUAUGUCUUCUACUAAAGAUAUGGUGGAGUCAACAGCCAGUAAUGGAGAGGAGCUACGAAAUUCAGUUAUGAAUGCAGGAGACAUGAUCAACGCUAUUGCGUUCGCAAUUUUGAUUUUGUUUACGGCUUGUGGUAAUCUUCUGAUCCUGGCCGCCAUCUUCAAAAGCAAGAUCCUUCGUUUCCGCACUCAUCUUUACAUCACGAGCCUCUCCUGCGCAAAUUUGCUCAUGGCUGGUGUGGUAAUGCCACUUCGAGUCCUGAGCUUUGUGGACAAAAACACAUGGCUGAAUAAACCAGGAUUGUGUGAGACAUAUGGCAGCUUUUUUGUGCUGUUUUGUACCGUGACUGUCUACACGCUGGCAGCACUGAGCUUGGAUCGGUACUUCUCAAUCUCCCGGUACAAGUGGUAUCAGAAAUGCUUGACCAGUGGCCGUACGUUUUGCCUAAUCGUUCUUUGUUGGAGCAUUGCCGUGCUGGUGUCGUUUAUGUUUGCCAAUUUCGACGACGAUGUCGGAAAAUCGUUGAACUGCAAGUUGAGUACAACCUACACCAUAGGUUACGUUUAUGCGUUCGUCGGCAUUGAAGUUCUGACUCCUGUGGUCUUCAUGUUGAUUUUGCAGUGGCAAGUUAUGAAAACAGCUGUAAGCCAUACUCACACAGUGGAUGUCUGUGGUAGACAGAUCAAAAACUUGGACUAUGCUGAUUUUCCAUCGAUCACCAAAGAAACAACCUGGUCCAAGAUUGUCGUUCGAAUUACUCUCAGUUUUGUUAUAUUUUGGAUUCCAAGGUGCGUAUUUCUUCUUCUUGACAACAGCAACGCGGCAGGCAUCCACGAAGUUGCCGAUGGUUUGACAGAGAUCAUGACUUAUUGCUUCCCUGCAUCAUUUGCCCUGUUGCUGGGUUAUUGGAGUAAGGAGUUUAGAGAGGUGUUUGUAGAUAUGCUUUGUCCAUAUGCCUGUUAUCAGAAACAGAAGGACAUGAGGAAGUACCGCCUGGGCGAGCCUAACAGAGUGAAACCAUCAAUGAUGUACAGAAAACACUCCAAAAACUUUGCUGCAUCAUGAUUGUUGUUCGAAUUACUCUCAGUUUUGUUAUAUUUUGGAUUCCAAGGUGCGUAUUUCUUUUUCUCGACAACUGUAGGUAGGCAUCCUUGAAGUUGCUGAUGGUUUGACAGAGAUCGUUUCCCAAAGAAAUGAUCGCUGUGAAACCUUUUCUCUGUGCAGACGUUUUGUGUGACCUCAAGCAAUUAUAUCACGUACUGUUAGGAUAGAUGCACUGAAAAUAAAAAAAACCUAGGGAGUGAGUCAAACUCAA